AUGGCUUUCCCAACAGUUUUAACCCUACUAUGGUGGCUCGCUCCUAUUAUCACUCUUCCCGUCCUCGCCAUCGCCAUCCAUGACUACCUCCUCCGCAAACGUCUCCCACCCGGCCCCCCACCCAACUUCCUCACCGGCAAUCGCCACCAAAUCCCCGCUCAGUACCCCUGGAUCAAAUUCCAAGAAUGGUCGAAGGUCUAUGGCGGUGUUUUUACGAUAUGGUUGGGCCGGCGGCCAACCAUCAUCAUCUCCGACCCGCACAUCGCGGUCGAACUUAUGGAGAAGCGCUCCCAGAAGUAUUCAUCGCGACCACGCUUCGUCGUCAUGGGUGAAGUGUACUGGGAAAAUGCCUCCAUUCUGGUCCAACCUUAUGGCAAAGAAUGGUCGACCCGUCGCAAGCUGCUGCAUUCGGCGCUUACGCCGCGGGCGUUGACGCAGUACCAGACGAUUCAGGAGGCGGAGGCGUGCCGCAUGUGUUACCAAUUGCUGAGUCGGCCAAAUGACUGGGAGGGGCUUUUGGACUGGAUGACGGCGUCGAUCGUGUUCAGUAUCGCGUAUGGCCAUCGAGUUGACAGCAUCAACAGUCCUGUGGUCCGGGAGAGGUUGGCCAUUAUGCACUACGCUUCGAGUCUGAAUGUGCCGGGAAAGUAUCUUGCCGAGUCGUUUCCGGUGCUCAGGCACAUGCCGCUGUGGCUUGCACCGUGGAAAAAAGACGUCAAGCGCAAUGCGGCCAUUGAGUCGGGCACGAAUAUGCGGCUCAUGAAGCUGAUCGAGAAUGGGUUGGCUGAUGAGGAGAAGGCAGAGAAAUUGGCCCCGAGCCUGUGUAAGAGUCUGCUGGAGCGAAGACAAAGCAAGCCUGAGGAGUUCCAGCUGCUCUCCGACCGCGACUUGAGCUUCAUACCCGCUUCGCUGUUUGGCGCUGGCGCGGAUACGACCGCCUCGACGCUGUGUUCCGCGUUCCUUGCGUUGGUCACGCACCCGGAGACUCUGCGCGCCGCACAAGCGGAAAUGGACGCGGUUGUGGGAGAUGGACGUAUGCCUACGUUUCCUGACGAGGCGGAUCUCCCAUACCUUCGGGCUCUGUGCAAGGAAGUCCUACGCUGGCGGCCCGUUGCUGUGCUGGGCGGAACACCUCACGCAACCUCAGAACAGGACACAUACAACGGUUGGAACGUCCCGAAGGGGACCAACAUCCUGGGAAACACAUGGGCCAUCAACCACGACGAGAGGUAUUAUCCAAACUCUCAACAGUUCAAUCCUUUGCGAUUCCUCGACUGCUGCGCUCUCGACUCUGACGACGUGAGCAAGAAGCUCCCUUACCUCGACAAGAGCUACAUCAGCAGCCACCUCCCAUCCGUCGCGAAGCCGGAGAAACAGCACCCCGGGAAAUGGGGCCACAGCAGUUUUGGGUGGGGAAGGCGCAUUUGUCCCGGUGCAGAGCUGGCGAUGGGAAAUGAGUUUAUUGCGCUGGCGAGAUUGUUAUGGGGGUUUGACAUCCAGCCGAAAGAAGGGGUGAAGUAUGAUGUUUGGGAUUAUGUGGGUGGCUUCAAUGUGAGGCCGAGGCAUUUUGAGUGUGAUAUCAAAAUUAGGAGUGCGAAGCAUGAGGAGACUCUGAAAAACGAGUACGAGGGUACGGCAUUGGAUGUUGUCAGGAAGUAUCCUCUGUUCCCGGAGUAG